AUGGGGGUGCAGGGACAGCCGACUGCCCAGGGACAGAGCGAGCUUUUCGUGCAGGAGUCCAGAGCCAGCCUGGCUGUGGGAGACAAUCAGAUGGCUGGACCUCUGGAUCUGAGGGAGGAGGCUGGGCCUGGACCCCUGGGUCUAAAGGAGGAGUCACCAGCUCCUCCAGCAGAGCUAGAGAGCUCCAGCAUGGCACUGGGGCUGGUGCGCGCUGGGGCGUGUCUCCUCCUGGGCCUGCUGGUCUGCCCGGCGUGCACGCGGGCCUGCCUCAUGUGCUUCGUCACGGACAAGGAGCGCAUCCGCAUCUGCCAGAUGUUUGUCGGGAUGAAGGCCUGGAAGACCAAAGUAUGCGACGAAAAGUUCCAGCUGGCCUUCAAGGAUCUGCUCAAAACGGAAAUCAAUUACGAUGAGCGAAACAACCUGCACGACUCCUUCACGCAGAUGGUGCACUCCCUGCAGGAGACAGCUGUGGCCAAGGGGUUCUAUACAAAAGCAUUCUCCAAGGCUGCAGAAGAAAUGAAGAAGGCCAUUCUACAGCUUAAAAAAGUCCCGGCCUGCGUCCCUCCCUGUGGCGUCCAGGAGCUCACCCGGAGGUUCAUCUGCGACGGGUGCUACUCCCUCAUCUGCAAGCUCCCGCUGAACUGCCCAGGUGAGGGGCGGGCUGGGGUGCUUGGGAGCCCCCCCCACGGGGGGCUUCGGGUUAGGGUGAGCCCCGCGGGAGAGACCCCGUUAUCUCCAGUCAAGGACGUGACCGUCAACCGCGGGGACCAGGCUAUGUUUUCUUGUGUUGUGGACUUCCAGUUGCCGAAGGAAGACAUCUCCUAUUCCUGGAAGUUCGCCAAAGGUGGUGUCCGGACUCAGGACAUGUCCUACUUCCGCGACCUGCCGCGGGCCCGAGGGUCCGUGGCGCGGAUCCGCCCGGCGAAGCCCGUCCACGCGGGAACCUACUCCUGCGUGAUCCGACACGACGUGCGCCCCGUGGCGCGGCUCUACUUCUUCCUGAACGUCACUGGCCCGCCCCCGCGCGCGGAGACCGAGCUCCAAGUCACCUUCCGGGAAGUGGUGCGCUGGUCGCGGAAGGAACCGGAAGUGGUGGAGCCCUGGAAGCCCGGCCUGGGAGAGCUACUGACCAAUCCUUGGGCCCUGACAUGGGAGGACCUGUGCUUGCUGGCCGCCCUGGUGGCCGUCAUGGUCGCCAGCCUGACGGUGCUGGUGUGGAUGUUCUGUCGGUGGUAUUUCAGCGGCAUCUAGCAAGGUACUGGUCCCUCAUCCUCCUGUCUCCAUCCUUAAAAUAAAGAGUAUAUUUCAA